CAAGUGCGUGCUGCACGGAAGCGCAGACUUCUGCAGACAGGCAACGUCUAACUGUUGUCAGAGUGUGUCUUUAAACAUGUUAUUUUAAGGACCCAUCCAUGCAAUUGGUUGCUUUUACUCGAAUAAUUAAUGAUUUCGUGUUUGGCGGAGAUGCGGCUGUAGCGACUCUGACUGGCCGAAAGGAGGAUUGAUUUGAUUUAUUUUUAUAUUUUAGUGAUUUUGGGAGACGCAUUCAGUCACCAAACCUCUUCACGGGAGCAUCGCGUCCGACGGAAGGAAUUGCUGCGCGUGGGUCCGUUUCGCGGAUGAUCCCCAACCAAUACUGAACUCUGUGGAGAAUAUUAAUAACACCUGCACAACGGGAAGGGCAGUUAAGUGACACUAAGAAUUAUUUUUUUUUUGAAAGAGUGGGGUCUACGGAUCAACUUCCGCAAGUCUGGAAUAUUUGGAUCGAUGAUUUCAAGAGGACGGAGGAACAAAUUCAUUUAGGUCGGCAACAUGUUCAAGAGGGGGUGCGGGCUGGAGUUCCUGCUGGUUCUCUGCGGCCUGGAGUUUUCCUGGUCCUGCCCGCGUCACUGCAUAUGCUACACGGCGCCGAGCACCGUCUCCUGCCAAGCGCACAACUUCCUGACGGUUCCCGAAGGCAUCCCGCCCGACAGCGAACGGAUCUUCCUGCAGAACAACAAGAUCCACCGACUUCUCAGAGGUCACUUCAGUUCCAACACGGUGACCCUCUGGAUAUACUCCAACAACAUCACAUACAUCGAGCCAUCGACCUUCCACGGCUUCGCGCUGCUGGAGGAGCUGGAUUUGGGAGAUAAUCGCCACCUGCGCUCGCUGGCUGAAGACACGUUCCGCGGGUUGAAUCGGCUCAGCGCUCUCCACCUGUACCGCUGCGGACUCAGCUCGCUUCCCAAUAACAUCUUCCAAGGACUAAGGAGCCUGCAGUAUCUCCACUUGCAGCAAAAUCAUCUGAAAUUCCUGCAGGACGACACAUUCGCUGACCUCCACAAUCUGAGCCACCUGUUCCUCCACGGAAAUCACCUGUGGAGACUCAACCAGAACACCUUUCGGGGUCUUCACGCCCUGGAUCGUCUCCUUCUGCACCAAAAUCAGAUCGAGUGGGUUCACCACCUGGCGUUCCAUGACCUCAAACGUCUCACCACCCUCUAUCUGUUCAACAACUCCCUCAUGCAACUGUCAGGGAACAGCCUGGACACGCUGCCCGCUCUAGAAUACCUGCGUCUCAAUGACAACCCCUGGUCAUGUGACUGCAAGGCCCUCACGCUCUGGGAGUGGUUGAAACGUUUCAGAGGCUCAACGUCCUCUGUAGGCUGCCAGGCGCCUAUGGACAUGGUUGGAAAAGACCUGAAGGAACUGCACAAGGAGGACUUCUCCAACUGUUCCCCAAAUUCGGAAUCCAGAGCCCAGACCAACAACUUAUCCGGCACAGUCAGCCCACCGUCCAUGAAUCGCGGCGUAGUGGCGGGCUCCGGGGGGCAGAGCAACGUGGUGAACCCCUCCAGGGCCGGCCGUCCUCGUAACUGCGCGAAGAACCGCAGUCGCGGGAGCAAAGGGAAGGGCGACAACGAGGUCCACCACACGAAGGAGGUCAUGGCGGACAAGGAGGAUUCCUCUCCGGACUUCUCCGAUGGCGGAAAACACGAUCACACGUCCCCGGACGGCACCGUCACGAGAAGAAAGCACAAGUGUGUUCCGCGGACCACUGUUCGACCCCCAAGCGGGGUUCAGCAAGCCAACAACCGGGCGACCUUAUCCCGCCCCUUAUUAUAUGUCUACGCCCUUGUGGUUGCCUUGACGACAACAAAUGCUGACAUUUUUCUGCGCUGAUCUACGGCGGGUCUGGUCAAAGGUUACUGGAAAGAAGACGGCCCUCAACCCACUUUAUUGCUCCUGGCCCCGGUGUCUUUUUGUGCGAGUGUGAUUUUGUCUCAGUAUUGUAUAGCAACCUUAACCAUUCAGAUGAGCACAAGCAUAAAAACGUCCGAAAGACUUGCAGGGAAUCCCAGUGACAAAAGGUUCAUGCAGACCAAGCGUGCACUGCCACUAAAGCCAGGUUUCAUGCUCAUGUGUCUUUUUGUUGUUCUGUUUCAGCUCUGGACCUCCAAUAACCAAAUAUUACGCAGAGGCGGGCAUAUAAUCGCUGCAAGUCAUAAAUUUGGUCUUGUCCAUCGUGCGAUACAAUUAAACCGGAGAGUCGAUGACUGAUUGUGUAUACGGCCUCUAUCACGCUCUAAUUCCUUCCUUGCUAGCAGCGGGUCCAAAAACAGAAAAAAAAAUGUUCAUGAACAGACCUAGGAAUGUAAAUAUUCCCGUUACAAAAUGGAAUUUAUAGCCACUGUUGAGUCAAGGCCAUACAUGGGACAGAAAAUAAGCUUAUUCACAGCAAGACAUCGCUACAACCAACUUCACACAGUAAGCUAGCAAUUACCCCCCCCGAGCCCCCAACACAUGAGGCUGCCUUCUCAUUUACAUACACACAUUCGCCACUGCCCGACUGGAUGUGAAGCUGCUAAUAGUGUCGGGAAGCCGUGAACUGCCAUGUGAUAUAACCCAUUCGCUUGGUUCCGUCUUCGGGUGACGAAGCCGCCAAUGUGUCUGUAUGUCGUGCUUUUUUUUUUUGUUUGUUUUUUUACUUUUCAAGACACAGCGUGGACUUAGCGAUGAACCCAUGCAGCGGGGCCAGCAGGAAAAGUCAAACAGGGCUUUGUCAGUUUGCACAGUGAACUGAUGUCGAACUGAGCCCGCCAACCGACUGCUCAUCGCAAACUGAGGAAGACAUUUUAUCCAGACUCACUUGUCAUUGACAUACAAGACUCGAGGGAGGAGGAAAAAAUAAAUAACUAAAAAAAAAAAAAAAAAAUUUGUGGGCUGUGUGUGCUAUUUGACCCGACUUGUGUGAUUUGAGUCCAAUACAAAAGAACCAUUCAAAAGGAGCAUGGCAAACGGGGAAAGACUUCUGCCCCUCAUUCUGGGAUCCAUCGCGAUCCAGGACAAUCGCAACAGAGGUCCUAAAGGAAUUCUGUGAAGCACACAUUGACUGACGGACAAGUAUGUGAUGUGCCAGCCAACUUCUGGAGCUAAUGUGCCUCCCUCUAAUGGACUACGAUGGUAUUUGUAUUGAUGAUGUAACAAUGGAACAGAUUAUCGUGCUGAUAUCUUACAUUUCCUGUCAAACUAUGAGGAAAAAAAAUAUAUAUAUAUAUAUAUAUAUAUAUCAGUGGCAUCAAUUAUGACAACAGGGUUUUGGCUCCUUAAAACGGGAGCCAUUUUGAUUUUAUCCAGCAAUUUUUUUUUUUUCAUGCUAUAUUUUCAGAACCGUCAUUUGUGAAUGCACAAAGUUAUCAUCAUGCGUCCUCUCUCGUUCUAUUGUUUUGCAUCUGUGCGUUCAUUAUGUUGCCAGUGCGUUCCGCGCGGCCUCAUCCCAAGACUCAGAAAAAAAAUUUCUAAAGAUAUUAAAAUCUAUAUCUUCUUAUGUCUCACCGUGGCAGCCCGAGUCUGUUUAUUGAUGCUCUGAUGUUUUAUAGACUUGCUCGGAGAUAAAUCAAUGUCGCUUUCGUUUUAUUGCCGCUCCAUUCAUAUAUUGUUUUCCCCAGGUGAACAAGAAAUUGGUCUGUCAACAAAUGUGGAUCUUUUUUCAGGUUCUACCCUCUAUAUUUUUGCUCUAGCUAGCACUCAAGCCUCCCCCCCGUGGAAAUACAGCCGCAGUAUGCCAAGAAAUAGAAUCCUCCUGUGCAUCGUGUUGACACGUCUUUGCUCAAAUACAAGAGGAACUCAAAGGAAGUUCAUCAUCUUGAGCGGAGUGAAGAAACAAAAAAGAUGCUGCAGUUUGAUUAAAAACCUGAAAGCACGAGUGCUAUUUGGAAAAUAUUUUGUUUUCAUGACUAAGCCUCGAGUAUAUUUUCUACACUUCUACGUGUUUCUGCGUUUUAAAAGACAGAAUUUUGUCACGUGAUGAACCGGCGCAAAUGCCUGAAAUUAUUGAGAACACCCUCCUACUCUCAGCAUCAGCACAAAACCACCAAACUCGCAACAUAUCAGCCAGAUGUUGUCUUUGAUGCAAUAAGCCUUGACAAAGUUGCUGAAGAAGUCUCUGUUUUCUGGCUUCAUGUAUAAGCGAGCAGUUCAAUAAACGGGGAAAGCAG